AUGAAUUUAAAUUGUGGCGUAUCCACACUUUAAGCUUAGUCUACAGGUCCUCCAAAUCGAGCCCCCAAGGGUUUGGGUUUGGGUUUGGGGUUGGGGUUGGGGUU